UUUCCUCUCCCAGCAAGAGGCUGCCCUUGAUUUCCUUUCCCUGCUGUCUCACCAAAAUAUCCUGAAAAUUCUCCAUUUCAGGCACCCUGAUUACAUCCCCCACUCUGCAUCAAAGGCAGAAAAUUAUCAGCCACUCCAAAUAAAGCAGCAGCUGCUCGGGUUUAACUCCUGAAUGUCACUUCCAGCACAGCUGAUGCAUCCCAGGAUUACAGGGGAGUGUUUAUUCCUGCAGGAAUCCCUUUGGAUUUCCAGGGAAGGGACAAGUUCCGAGAUCAGGUGAGAAAGGAAGGAGAAUCAGACUUGAAAAACAAAAAUCCAGGUUGUAGGUGGGACCUGAGUCCUGUAAAAAAAUCCAUGGGAGCACUCAAGGGAUCAGAUCAAACCUCAGCAGAGGAAACAGCAUCAACAGCCUGGGAAUUCCAGGUUUAGGCAUUGUGGUUUUAGAAGAAAAUUUGGUUUUUUUAUACACCAGGCCAUUCAAUUGACAUUGAUUUUCUUCAGGCAGAGGAAAAAUCAGUAUCAGGCUCAGUCUGAGCUGCUUAAUUACAAUUAGAACACAAAGCUGGGUGAAAAACUGUCCCAAAAUCAGCUUUAGGAAUUGUCUGCUACAAAACCAAGGGGUUCAUUAGAGCUGAUUUCCUUUUCUCCAUGGGCAAAGUGCUUUAGGCAAAGGACUGUCACUGUGAAAGCGCAGGUUGGAGAUGCAGAGUGAUAAAAAAAGAAUGGGGAAGAUAAGGAAAAGCAGGAAUUGUGUCCAAAAUGACACGAGGAAUGAAGGUGGUGCCACCCACAAAGCAGCAGAGGCUGUUCAGGAAAAACAGACAGAUUAUUAAAUGUGGUAAUAUUUAAUAAUGGGGUUUUCAAACCCAGGUUAAAUAGAGUCUGGUGGAGCAGCUGCUGGCUUUGGGUUUGGAUAAAGCAGCCCAGGACUGUCCCUGGAUUCCAACUGGGAAAAAGCACAGGAGGCCCCAGGGGUCCCUCCUCUCCCCUCCCCUUUUGUCACACACAGGCAGAAACACCCAGGUUUUUCUCCCAUUUACUUCCAGAGGAAAGGAACACAGAGCUUCAAUGUACAGCAUUCCAUGGGGGAACUGUGAGCUGCAGCCUCCCCCCUCCCCUGGCAGGAGCCUGCACUGCUGAGUGGUGACAGAGGGGACGCAGCCCCUGGGGACACAUCCAGGGACACCCCUGGUGCUGGGGACAUCCCCUGGGACACCCCCCGGCCCUGGGCUGAAAUGAUCGCCAGGAGAGGAAAUUCCAGCCCCCACUGCCAUCAUCCCAAACUGCCCCUGAGGGAUGGAGGGUGGAGAGGCAGUGGGGAAGUGCUGGGACACAUCCCAGUGGUGCAGGAACACACUCCCAGUGCAGGAAUACAUUCCCAGUGCAGUGGGAUACAUUCCCAGUGCAGGAAUACAUUCCCAGUGCUGCUGGAAUACAUUCCCAGUGCUGCAGGGAUACAUUCCCAGUGGUACUGGGACACAUUCCCAGUGCAGGAACACACUCCCAGUGCAGGAAUACAUUCCCAGUACUGGAUACAUUCCCAGUGGUGCAGGGAUGCAUUCCCAGUACAGGAAUACAUUCCCAGUGGUGCAGGGAUACAUUCCCAGUGGUGCAGGGAUACAUUCCCAGUGGUGCAGGGAUGCAUUCCCAGUACAGGAAUACAUUCCCAGUGCAGGGAUGCAUUCCCAGUGGUACUGGGAUACAUUCCCAGUGCAGGAAUACAUUCCCAGUGGUGCAGGGACACAUUUCAAAUGCAGGAAUAUAUUCCGAGUGGUACUGGGAUACAUUCCCAGUGCAGGAAUACAUUCCCAGUGGUGCACGGACACAUUCCCACUGCAGGAAUACAUUCCCAGUGGUGCGGGGAUGCAUUCCCAGUACAGGAAUACAUUCCCAGUGGUGCAGGGAUACAUUCCCAGUGGUGCAGGGAUGCAUUCCCAGUACAGGAAUACAUUCCCAGUACAGGAAUACAUUCCCAGUGCAGGAACACACUCCCAGUUGCCCUGGGUUGAUGUUAUGGCCAGCUCCUCUCCCUGCCCCCGCCACGGAGCUGCCUGCUGCCCUGGCGGCCCCGGCCCCUCCCCGAGCCGCUGUGGGGUGUUGCUGUUUGCUCCCCUGGCUUUUCACCCUGCUGGCUACCCCGGCUGCCCCUCCUUCUCUCUCCCUUCUUCCCCUCACCCCCCAAGAUCAGCACCGGCCCUGGAGGACGGAUCUGAGCCUCAGAGGCUCCCUCUUUAAGCCUGCUAAAGCAGCUCUCUGCCCUUCCCAGCGAAGAGGAAGAUCGUCUCUCACUUGGUGAAAACUCUUCUUGUCAUCUGGGUCUGUGCUGGGAAGUGUUUUCUCUUGUAUUUUGUCAAUAAAUAAGUUUUUUCCACUUUCCCCUGAGGAGAAUUCUUUCCGAGCCCGGUGAAGGAAGGAAUUGUGGGGGGUAUACUCUCUGGGGGGGCUCUUUUGGAGGUCUUUCCCCAGAUUUGUCCUAAACUGGGACAAAUAUAUUUAGUGGCCCGUACGGGGAAACCAGGAAAAAAGUGGAAAAAACUUUAUUCUAAUGAUAUUUUGCUUUCAACUGUUGGUAUUGGUAUGUCUACUGAACCAUAAUGUCAUUUGUUGUGGGAGCCUGCCUGUAUGUGUGGUCGUUAGGUUUCUUUGAAGUGUUAAUACCGCUGUGGUCCUUGGGUUUGUUUGCCCAUCCGGAGAUGGCUCCAGUGUUGUCUCUAAUACGUAGUUUUUGUAUUAAAGGGGUGUUAACAAAAAUACUCAUCUGGCUAGGUUUGGUGGUAAUGGUAUGCAGGAGGAUUAUAAGAAUGUUGGAAUCUGCCACAGGAAUGUAUAAUUCAUGGUUUGUGCUGUUUAUUAGAGGGGAAGCAGGCACAGGUUUCCUGCCUUUGUUUCCUUUUCUCUCCUCUGAAUCAGUUACAUCUUUAUUAGAAAACGUUCAGAUCUCCCUGAAUAUUAAGGAAACCAUCUUUCUGGCAAAUAAUUUAGUGAGUUUUUGUUACACUGUCUGCAGUUUAUAUAGAAU